AUGACGUUCGCGUGGAAAGCCGCAGGCAUUACCUACAACCGCUACCUGGCCAUCGCCGGCCGCGUUGUGCGCCGAAGCCUGAAGGACGACAAGAGACUCGUAGCUGAGCGACGAGGCGAGAUGGAUCUCCGAUUCUCGAAGUGGCAGGGCGGAAAGCAAGGUGACGCAAAGAACCUCGCGGAGGCUAACCAGGCGGCGGCUACCGAGCACGCUUCUUCUGGCUCGUCAUAA